UUGGGCUCCCAACGUCCCGGGCUCAAGUGGCGAGCAGGGAAGGAAAGCCGGGCCUCCCUGGCGCGGCUGAAGGCCAUAGCGACUCCGCUCAGUGAGGCUCCCCGGGGCAACAGGGUGUUUGAUGUUUCCAGAACCCUUUGGUGUUCGGAAUAAACAUGCACCCCGAGACUUUGGAGCCCCCGGCGGAGGGAGGAGAGGAGCAGGACUGCGUGCAGGAGCCGGGCGUGGAGCAGGGCGUAGAGGAGUCUGCGGGUGACCACGGGAACGCAGGCCAAGGCGACUGCAAAGAAGAAUCAACUCCUCAGACGGCAGCCAAUGAGGGUGCAUCAGGCACAGAGCUUGAUGAAGAUUUGGAAACCAUUGUGCUGGAGACAGAGAAGCUCUUCAUCAAUCUAGGUUUCGAUCGCAUCGAGAACUUGGAAGAGUACACAGGCCUGCGUUGUCUCUGGCUGGAGUGCAAUGGAAUUCAGAAAAUCGAGAACCUGGAGGCCCAAACCGAGUUGCGUUGCCUCUUCUUGCAAGUGAACUUGCUUCGUAAAAUCGAGAACCUAGAACCUCUGCAGAAACUGGAUGCUCUGAACCUCAGCAACAAUUACAUCAAGACCAUUGAAAACCUCUCCUGUCUGCCAGUCCUGAACACGCUCCAGAUAGCCCACAAUCACUUAGAGACGGUGGAAGACAUUCAGCAUCUAAAGGAGUGUUUGAAACUUUGCGUCCUUGACCUUUCCCACAAUAAGCUGAGGGACCCCGAGAUCGUGAGCGUUCUGGAGAGCAUGCCCGAUUUGCGUGUCCUGAAUUUGAUGGGAAACCCGGUUACUAGGCUCAUCCCUAACUAUCGAAGGACAAUCACUGUGCGACUAAAAAGCUUAACAUUCCUGGACGAUAGACCAGUUUUCCCAAAGGACAGAGCUUGUGCAGAGGCCUGGGCUAGGGGAGGGUAUGCAGCUGAGAAAGAGGAGAGACGUCAGUGGGAGAGCAGAGAACAGAAGAAGAUCACAGACAGCUUGGAGGCCUUGGCGAUGAUCAAGCGGCGUGCUGCAGAGAGAAGGCGGCAGAAAGCGAGCCAAGAGAAAGGUACGCGCAAGACCGAGGUGGUCCCCAGAGCUCUGUUUAGAUGA